ACUCCCGAGACCCCCGAAAGGCCAUGGUUUUCCCACGGAUGCCCCAGCUCCGGUUCCGGACGGUGAUCCUAGCGCUCCUUUUCCUCCCCCAGGCCCGGCCCGCCGGCGUCUUCGAGCUGCAGAUCCACUCUUUCGGGCCGGGACCAGGCCCGGGGGCCCCGCGGUCCCCUUGCAGCACCCGGGGGCCCUGCCGCCUCUUCUUCAGAGUCUGCCUGAAGCCGGGGGUCUCCGAGGAGGCCGCCGAGUCCCCGUGCGCCUUGGGUGCGGCGCUGAGUGCGCGUGGACCCGUCUACACCGAGCAGCCCGGAGCGCCCGCACCUGACCUGCCGCUGCCCAACGGAUUCAUGCGGGUGCCCUUCCGGGACGGCUGGCCGGGCACCUUCUCUCUCAUCAUUGAAACCUGGAGAGAGGAGUUAGGAGAGCAGAUUGGAGGGCCAGCCUGGAGCCUGCUCGCGCGCGUGGCCGGCCGGCGGCGCCUGGCUGCCGGGAGCCCGUGGGCCCGGGACGUGCAGCGCGCGGGCGCCUGGGAGCUGCGCUUCUCGUACCGCGCGCGCUGCGAGCCGCCCGCCGUCGGGGCCGCGUGCGCGCGCCUCUGCCGCCCGCGCAGCGCCCCCUCGCGGUGCGGCCCAGGACUGCGCCCCUGCGCGCCAGCCGAGGACGAGUGUGAGGCGCCCACAGCGUGUCGAGCAGGCUGCAGCCCAGAGCACGGCUUCUGUGAGCAGCCCGACGAAUGCCGAUGCCUGGAGGGCUGGACUGGGCCCCUCUGCACGGUUCCCGUCUCAGCCAGCAGCUGUCUCAGCCCUAGGGGUCCAUCCUCUGCCACCGCCGGAUGCCUCAUACCUGGGCCUGGGCCCUGUGAUGGGAACCCAUGUGCCAAUGGGGGCAGCUGUAGUGAGACACCGGGGUCCUUUGAAUGUGCCUGCCCCCGUGGGUUCUACGGGUUGCGGUGUGAGGUGAGCGGGGUGACAUGCGCCGAUGGACCCUGCUUCAACGGGGGCUUGUGUGUCGGCGGCGCAGACCCUGACUCUGCCUACAUCUGCCACUGCCCGCCUGGUUUCCAAGGCUCCAACUGUGAGAAGAGGGUGGACCGGUGCAGCCUGCAGCCGUGCCGCAAUGGCGGGCUCUGCCUGGACCUGGGCCAUGCCCUGCGCUGCCGCUGCCGCGCUGGCUUCGCGGGUCCCCGCUGCGAGCACGACCUCGACGACUGCGCCGGCCGCGCCUGCGCCAACGGCGGCACUUGCGUGGAGGGCGGCGGCGCGCGCCGCUGCUCCUGCGCGCUGGGCUUCGGCGGCCGCGACUGCCGCGAGCGCGCGGACCCCUGCGCCGCGCGCCCCUGCGCCCACGGAGGCCGCUGCUACGCCCACUUCUCCGGCCUCGUCUGCGCCUGCGCGCCGGGCUACAUGGGCGCGCGGUGCGAAUUCCCGGUUCGCCCCCACGGCGCGGACGGCGCAGGCGCGUUGCCCGCAGCUCCGCCGGGCCUCAGGCAGGGGGACGCGCAGCGCUUCCUUUUGCCGCCGGCUGUGGGACUCCUGGCGGCCGCGGGCCUGGCCGGGGCUGCGCUUUUGCUGGUCCACGUGCGCCGCCGUGGCCUUGCCCGGGAUACUGGGUCUCGCUUGCUGGCGGGAACCCCGGAGCCAUCGGCGCACGCGCUCCCUGAAGCACUCAACAACCUGAGAACGCAGGAGGGUUCCGAGGAUGGCCCGAGUUCGUCCGUAGACUGGAGUCGUCCUGAAGAUGGAGACUCUCGAGCGAUUUACGUCAUCCCUGCUCCUGCGACCUAUGCCCGGGAGGUAGCCGCAGCCCUCCCACCCCGCCACACACGCACUGCGCGCGCUGGGGACGCGGCCCCUGCUGCCUCUCGGGCCUCCUUCGUUCUGUCUGUGAAAGGAGGAGGGUAGAGUCUCUGGAAGGUUUUUAAGCCCACUUCUCAAUUCUGACUUAAUUCUGUUCUGCGUCCCUCUUGCUGUCGUUUUGAGCUGCUUGCGGUCGGUCCUCUCUUAGCAAAAGGUAUGGGCUUGAAGAAGUCACCGCGGGGAGCCCUGGCCGGAGCUUCUCCUCGGAUUUCUGCUCUCACGGGAUGAGGGGCGGGGAGGGGGAGCCCUUCUCGAUGCUUCCUACUCGUUUCAUUUCCAGGCCUGACCUGCCCUUCUCCAUCCGCACCUGGAGUCAGAGCCCGGAUAUUUUUGUGUUCGCUUGGUGGUGCCCAGUCUCUGCCCCAGACGCCUUGGAGUUCAAGCUGGAAGGAGUAGCUGGGAGAACCUUACUGUGGAAGUUGUAAAUAACGAUUAUUUAUGUCUUAUUUUUUUCUCUCCCCAUCUCUCCAGAAGCAUCUAUAAAGGCUCUUACUUUGGUCA